GUCACAUACUGCACCAGGCUGCAAUAUCGACCACGACUGAUCCUCUGCCAUGGCUAUCACUGACUUCCUAGCAGCCUCAGACAUCACUCUCGCUAUUAAUGCUUGCAAAGCAAAGGAUUCCUUUAGCCCCAAGACAUUUUUCAAAACAGUGGGUUUAUCCAAGAAAACCCCAACAGAGAUCGAGAGGGUCUUUAAGAUUUUGGACCAGGAUAAAAGUGGCUAUAUAGAACAGGAUGAGUUACAACUGUUUCUGCAGAACUUCUCCAAAGGAGCGAGGCCCCUGACCGCCGCAGAGACGAGAGCUUUUCUGCUGGAGGGAGACUCAGACGGCGAUGGGAAGAUCGGCUGGGAAGAGUUUUCUGCUCUGGUCAAAUCAUCAUAA